GCGAUAAAACGUUUUGCUGCCUUUCUGGUAGUAGGAUUACUUUUUUUACCCUGAAACUCCAUUUUUCUUUCUAUCCUCUGAGUUUAUACGAUUUCCCAUGGCAGGGUGGAACGAUUUGAAUGAGAGUAGUAUUCUACAACAGUUAAAAGAUGGAACUGCUAAAUUUGAGCUCGUCAAUUCACCUGUUUCUCCCAUUUCGACUCAGAUUUUUUCGUCCCCAUUUCGUCGAGAAAAAUGUAGUACUCUCUUCUUUGCGAAAAUUGGAUCCUUUUUUGGUGGUGGUGGCGGUGGCGCUGCUGGUGGUGAUACUGGUGGUGGUGGAACGUCACCUGCAAUGAAGAAGGUGGAGCGUUUCUCAGUUCGGAAAGUUACAGGAGAUGGAAGAUGUUUGUUUCGUGCAUUGGUGAAAGGAAUGGCUAUCAAUAAAGGAAUUGGUUUGAGUCAAUGGCAAGAGAGAAACGAUGCAGAUGAAUUGCGCAUGGCUGUAAAGGAGGUAAUAUGUGGAAGUGGUAAAGAACGCCGUCAGUAUGAAGAAGCACUGAUUGCAAUUACUGUCGAAGAGUCAUUGCCACGAUACUGCCAACGGAUUGAAGGAUCUGAUUUUUGGGGAGGAGAGUCGGAAUUAUUGGUGUUAUCGAAAUUAUGUCGUCAGCCAAUUGUUGUGUACAUACCAGAACAUGAGCAUAAUCUGGGAGGAUGGGGUGGUGGUUUUAUUCCAAUUGCGGAGUAUGGAGAUGAGUUUCGUAAGUCAUCUAAAAAUGGAGAACCUAGGAAAGCAGUGAAACUUCUAUACAGUGGGAAGAACCAUUAUGAUCUUCUUGUCUGAGAGUUUGUUAGUUGUAUUCAGAAGAUACUGUCCUUUGUGUCAGGGACAUGGAAUUGUAAUCUUAAAUAUCAAUGAAAUCAAUGCUUCUUCCUCAA